UGCAUUCUAUGUUCCUUAUUUAUAUCGUUUAAUUCACAAUUGAACUUGUGAGAUCAAAAGAAACAAUCUCUAACCUGUCAAUCGUUGCUUACUAACAAUACUUACGAUGGAUAUCCGUUCACCACGAUCAUCAAAUUAAUUUCCAGCGGAUCUUCCGAAUUUUCUUUUUAUUACCUAGCGGCCAUACUGUUUCCUGCUUGAACUUUUUAUCUUUUCGAUCUUAACUUUUAUUCGAAUCUAACAAUUACCGUUUCACCGCAAGCCUGCAUUACCUACACAGUGCUGCGGGUAAAAGUGCAAGUACAUUUUACCACGGACAAGGCAUCGAAGUAGACCAGACAUCAUAUGGAAUUUCGUGUCGCACGUUCUGAAUUAACCCGCAUCGCUCAAAACCCCCGUAAUCCCUGAAAUGGCUCGUAAUUCGAAUCUUUUCGUACGGUUCGUUCUUCAUUUACAUCUUUAUGUAUUUAUGAACAAAUUUAAACUACUUCGUAAUCAACGUAUAAUUAAGAUUAUGGAAAAAAAAGCAUUGAAUGAAAUAUUUUGCCGCCAGUUUGUUUAUUAAAUGGACGCGAGGAUUAACGAAGUUUCUUUUACCGUAGCAAUUUAUUCGGUAAUUUAUGGAAAUCGGUGAAACGAGCGAUACGUGAACAGGGUGUGCGAUUCGAACAGCAGAUAUGCUUUGUAUAAAGGUCGCGAUACACGGGAAAUCGAAUUCCAGUUAGAGUUUUAAGAGCUCCGAACGGUCUACCAUCGCAUCGCGGUUCCAUACGGAAAUAACCGGAGCGAUAUUGUGGAAGAUUCGAGCGAACCCAAUCAGUCGAGCUCGGGUGUCGGAAGCGGUUACGUGGGAACGGGGAAAGUAAACGAGGUCCUAGAAUGACGAGUAAAAAGUCGAGUCUGACCGUGCAGUUUAAUCAGCCGUGCGACAACGUCGACGAAUCCGCGAAGAAGAGACAGAUAUUUAUGCAAAAGAUCAAAGCAGCCACCGGUCACGUUGGUCUGCUAAUCAUCCUGAUGCUCUACACGGCGAUCGGCGGUUUGGUGUUCCGGCACAUCGAGCUUCCGGCGGAAUUGGCGCGUUUAGAAAGAUUGCGCACGAAUCUGCGUAACCAGAGACGUUCGUUCGUCGACUCUAUCUCGAACAACACGGACGUGUCGAACUUGCAAACUUUGGUGAGGGUGAAAUUGCGUGCUUACGAGGAUGUCGUUCAAGAAGCUGUACAGGGGGGUCUGUCGGUCGGCUUCGUGGCGGACACGAUCGAUCAAAACGAUCGUGGCACGGCGGAUCUACCGCCAAUCGUCACUGAAAGAUGGAGCGUCCUUCAAGCGGUUUUCUUCGCGAGUACCGUUCUCACCACCAUUGGGUACGGGAACGUCGUUCCUUCGACCAGCUGGGGGAAGAUCUUUUGCAUCUUCUUCGCUUUCGUUGGGAUACCGCUCACGUUGAUAGUGAUAGCCGAUUGGGGAAAACUGUUCGCCGGUGCGGUGGUUAAGGCCGGAUUGGCGGUAAAGUCGAAGCUUCCGUGUCGCUGUUCGCUGUCCUGCCUUCCGGCGUAUUUGGCGGGGAGGCGAUCCCUCGGAGCUCUAGCAGCGAUCGCUCUCCUGUUUCUGUACCUUGCUUGCGGCGCGGGAAUGUUUAUGCUGUGGGAGGACGACUGGGAUUUCUUCGAUGGAUUUUACUUUUGCUUCGUGACGAUGACCACCAUCGGAUUCGGAGACCUGGUCCCGAAGAAGCCGAAGUACACUCUACUGUGCACCCUUUACAUUCUGGUCGGUUUGGCGUUGACCAGCACCAUCAUCGAGCUCGUCAGGCUCCAAUAUACUCAAUCGUGGAGGAGGCUCCAAAGACUUAGCGGACCGUUAGCCGAGGCUAUUCGAAGACUGGGAGAGCAAGCUGGCGGCGACAUGUCCGCGUUCCAUUCGGAUCUCAGGAAAGUGUUGACCGUGGUGUCGAUGCCACGUUUGAAAUGGUCGGCCUCUUUCAACCGCACGGAUUCGAAGGACCAAGAAUGGGAGGAAGCGGUGGAGGCUGUGCUCCGUGAUAUCGCUGCAACGGCGAACAACUCGCAGUCGAAUAAAAAGCCGAUCGUACAAAUUGUCAUUUACGAGUCUAGCGUUUGACUUGUCGGAAUUGUUCGCUGAAAUUUGUUCGAGAAACAAUUUCAGAAAUUGAUUCGCGAGCCAGGACUAGGAAGCUCUUCCAACAAGCGACAAGAUGGCGACCCAGCGGCAACGUGAUUACCGGAUACGCUGAAGCUAACGUUUAUUUAUGCUGUUACGGUAAAAAAACAUUUUAUAAAUAUUCUUUGUAAUAUAUUGUAUUAGCCUUCGGUGUCUAGCUUGCAUAGAGCAUCAUCGGGUUUGUCGAAACGAUUGAAUCGGAAAGAAUAUUAAAAUACACCAUAGAUCGUUCUAUCGCAGAUGGCGCCGCAGAUAGGCACGAGCAAACGGACGAUUCUCGUGUUCGGUGAUGCGUAGGUAAAAGGGAACGUCAAGUUCCGUCGGUAUCGAAACAACAGCCAAUGAGAUCAAAGAGAAAAUAACUGGCUGAGAAAAGAUCCUCGAUAACCUCGACGGCGUGCCCAUCUUUCUGCUCGUAUAUACCGUGGACACUUUGUGGUUCGUUUUCUCAAACGAUUACGUGUGCCAAUUACUACGGAUAAAAUUGUAUUUCAUCUUCUUUCACCCGCGUUCCCAAGCUGGCUUCGAAUUGGGCGCGAAAAUGCGCGCGUCGAUGGUUUUGCUAGGGCUUGGGUACGCGCAGUAGCCGAUACAAUCCGGAGUUCGAUCCGCAGUCCGUAUGUUGGACCUACCGGAUUGACGAAAACAAUAAUUUUAUAGAGAAGCGGUCGCUAAAUUUAGAAAUCGCGGCACAACACGAACCGCGACAGGUGACGUUGCUGCGUCCUUGCUCGGCCUUCGUGGUAGUUCUCGGCGACUUACGGGGCCUCCGAGUGGUCCAGAUCAUGCAAAAUUCAUCCCCUCUUCGAAGCAACACCGAGAUGCCAUCGGCUCUCGUGUGCAUCGCUUAUCGUCAAGUCAGUAUGAUGACUGGAACCAAAGACCCUACGGAGAAACCAAAAGUGAAAGAAAUCAAGGAGGAGAUUAUACAACACGAUACCCUAAUUAAAAGAAGUUUCGCAGAUUUUAAGGUCAAUAAUUAUGUGGAAACUUGUCUCGAGUUCUCCAAAGACAUGAUGGAGUCUAUCAGGUUGCUUCUUCAGGAGUUGAAAACUCGUUUCGAAGAAUUUCGAAACCAACAACAGUCUAUCCUUGAUUUAUUUUCUUUGUCGAAUCUACUGAAGUGGACUAAGGUGGAGCAAAUAACUGAAACGAUCAAUGAAAAACUGCCGAAGCAUUAACGUUCCGUCGAUAAUCGUGUAUCAAAUACCAAGCAUUCGAAGCUACACACAAUUCGAUUCAAAAGUCAACAAUUAUAUUGAUACUCGCGUGCAUUCUGAAUGUACAAUAUCGUGAAAUUGUUUCGAUUAAAAAAAAGUAAUGAUAACGAUA